AUGAAUCUUGUGAAUUGGAUUGGGAUGUGGGUUGGUAUUUUGCUAGCAGCCAUAUGGAUUACUUGGGGUUUUUUGGCUGUUAUCCAGUUUCAUAGUCCGAGAGUUUUUAUCAAUGGAUAUUGCGGGAUUGAAGCCGGAAAUGAGGAUGAGAUGGCUACAUACAGUGGUGGGAUGAAUGGUUAUAUAGCCUGUUGUGCUGAGGAUCCUUGCCCCCCAAUUUUUCGGUCACCAAUUUCUGGAAUGGAAGAUAUUAUGGACAAUCAAGUCAUAUGCGCUAUAUACAGACUUCCAGAUGCUCACAAACAUAUCACUCGACCACCUGCUGGGGUUAUAUUCCCGAAGAAGUCAGUUGAGAUAGGGGAUCUAAAACCUGAUCCAGCUUUGUGGCACGAGGAUAAUGGAAGGAAGCCAUGGGAAAAUCGAAGGCAAGAUCCCCCUGGAAGCAUUUCUGGCUGGCAUCUAGGUGAUGCUGCACAUCGACUUGUAGCUAAUAGCUUACAGUUAAGGGAAAAUCGGAAUGGUUACCGCAGUGAGGAAAAGAAUAUGUGUGUAAGAUCUGCAGAAGUAGCCAACAAGCAACAUCUGGAAGGAGUGAAGAAAAUAGCUAAGCUAGAAGCAGAGUGCCAAAGAUUGCGUGGUCUUGUGCGGAAGAAGUUGCCAAGUCCUGCAGCACUGGCUCAAAUGAAGUUAGAAGUUGAGAACUUGGGCCGGGAUUACGGAGAAACUCGAGUAAGGAGGUCUCUUCUAAAGCCUCCUAGUCCACACUCACCCUAUGAAGCGUGGACACGCCAGAUUUCAUGCCGUGGCAGUGUCUGACACGGGGACACGUACGGGACACGCCGGAUGGCGUGUCCCUCUAAUUUAAUUAUUUUUUUUAUAGGGACACGGCGGGGACACGCGUGUCCACCAAAUCUGGACACGCGUGUCCAAAUCUGGACAUAAAGAGCAAAAGAGAAGAGUAAAGGUCAAGAUACAAACCUGGUCUUCGAUCCAGUCGAGUCGCCUGUCGACCUCCAUUCAGUCGACCACCGUAAGUCACUCUCUCCCUCUCGGCUGUCGACCUCCAUCCAUGACCUCGACCUCAACUCGCCUCGCCUGUUGACCUCCAUCCGUAAGUCUCUCUCUCUCUCGUCCCUGUCUCUCGCCUUUCCUCUUGCUCUCUCUCUCUCUCUCGUUCUCGCAUCGAUCGCGCAUCGAUCGCGUCGAUCGUUCUCGCAUCAAUCGCGUCGCGUCUCUCGCUCUCGCGAGAGAGAUAUGCUGUCGCGUCUCCGAUCUGUUCUGAUGCUAUCGCCUCUCUGAUCUGAUUCAUAUAUAAUAU